AGUGCGGGUAUUUUCAAUAGCGGAAAUCUAAACAGAGCUGUCGGUCAGAGUUGGGACAGCGUUUCACUGUCAAAUCAGUGGUAAAUCGAGAUACGUUUUCUUGCGUUUAUUGCUAAAGUGGCUACAGGUAGUGUUAUCCAAAUUUUCCGAAUUCUGGUUUGGGUUUCCACUUACUUGAAGCACUUAUAGCAGGCUAUAUUCUCGAAAUGGCAGAAAACAUUGAACAAAACGAAGCUAAACACGACAACACUUCUUCCCCUGGCAUGUCAGACCAGGAAAAAGAGAUGGCAGCAAGCGCACUGGAAGCCUUCACGGCUGGAAACUACGAUGUGUCUUUGAAGCACCUUCAGCACCUGCAGGAAUUGAAUAAGGAGGACUACAAGAUCGCUUUGAACAGAGCGAUAGCAGAGUUCUACAAAAGUGGCCAGACCACCACAAGCACCUUGAAUCAGACGCUCCUUGCAAUGAAAAACCAGGUACACACCUCAGUUGAGGACAUUGACGGUUUGGAUGAUGUAGAGAACAGCCUGCUGUACUACAACCAAGCCAUUAUUCACUACCAUAUGAGACAGUACUCUGAAGCCAUCCUCAUUGGAGAGAAGCUCUAUCAGUUUCUUGAACCUUUUGAGAAGUUUGCGCUGGCGGUGUGCUUCUUGCUGGUGGACCUGUACCUCCUCACGUUCCAGUCGGAGAAGGCUCUGCAUCUGCUGGCUGUCCUGGAGAAGCUGACCGUGCAGGGGAACAACAAGAACGGGAAAGGAGAGGCAGGGUGUGGAGGGAGGUGCAGGUUCUACAUCCACAGGGAUGCUGCAGUGGAGGCUGCAGACCUCAUUCAGGAGAAGCUGACAGAGAUGGCAGGAGGACAGAGCACCAAUAACACAAACAAAGAUGGCGUCAACCAGAAGGCCGAGUUUGUAGCCAUGAUCGAAGCUGCUAAAUCCAAGAUGCACCAGUACAAGGUACGAGCCUACAUCCAGAUGAAGUCCUCCAAGGCCUGUAAAAGGGAGAUCAAGUCUGUGAUGAACACAGCCGGGAAUUCCGCUCCCUCACUCUUCCUCAAGAGCAACUUCGAGUACCUGAGAGGAAACUACCGGAAAGCCGUCAAGCUGCUCAACAGCUCCAACAUCGCGGAGCACCCGGGGGCCAUCAAGACUGGUGAGUGCGUGCGCUGCAUGUUCUGGAACAAUCUAGGCUGCAUCCAUUUUGCCAUGGGCAAACACAACCUGGGCAUCUUCUACUUCAAGAAGGCGCUCCAGGAGAACGACCACACCUGUGCUCAGCUAGGAGACGGGAGCAACGGCCAAUCUAAGAAGUUUGCAGGCAUCCCCAUGUGUGCGCUGCUGGCUAACAAGCGCUACGAGCUGCUGUACAACUGUGGCAUCCAGCUGCUGCACAUCGGACGGCCCCUGGCUGCCUUCGAGUGUCUCGUGGAGGCCGUGCAGGUGUAUCACUCCAACCCCCGCCUCUGGCUAAGGCUAGCCGAGUGCUGCAUCGCCGCCAACAAGGGGAGUUCGGAGCAGGAGAGCAAGGGGCUCCCCAGUAAAAAGGGCAUAGUCCAGUCCAUCGUGGGCCAGGGCUACCAUCGUAAAAUCGUCCUGGCCUCCCAGUCCACCCAGAACACUAUCUACAGCGAGGGCCAGUCGGCGGCCAUCCCAGUGGCCAGUAUGGAGUUUGCAGCCAUCUGCCUGAGGAACGGCCUGCUGCUCCUCCCAGAGCACCCCCAGCAGGAGGGCAAGCCCAACAGCAGCUCCAAGACCUCCAGCCAAUCAGGAAGCACAGAGAGCGGCAGCGAGAACAGCGACGCCUGCAGUGGGAAGGGGCAAGAAGGUGACAAGUUCCUGUCAGCAGCCCCGUCCUCUCCCCUGAGGAAACAGGAAGUAGAGAACCUCAGGUGCUCUAUCCUGGCGUGUAGUGCCUAUGUGGCGUUGGCGCUGGGAGACAACCUCAUGGCCCUCAACCAUGCUGAGAAGCUGCUUCACCAGAGCAAGCUGUCCGGUUCCCUCAAGUUCCUAGGUCAUCUGUAUGCUGCCGAGGCUCUGAUCUCCAUGGACAGGAUCUCAGACGCCAUCACCCACCUCAACCCCGACAACGUGACGGACGUGUCCCUGGGCGUGUCGCCCAGCGAACAGGACCUAGGUUCAGACAAAGGGGAUCUUGAUCCUGUCGAGUCCUCAGGGAAGCAAACCCCCCAGUGCUACCCCAGCACGGUGAACUCUGCCCGGGCCAUGAUGCUCUUCAACCUGGGCAGUGCCUACUGUCUGAGAAGCGAGUACGAGAAGGCCCGCAAGUGCCUGCAUCAGGCGGCCUCCAUGGUCAACACUAAGGAGAUUCCUCCUGAGGCGAUACUACUGGGGGUCUACCUGGAGCUACAGAACGGGAACACACAACUGGCUCUACAAAUCAUCAAACGGAACCAGCUCCUACCCCCGUCACUAGCCACGCCCUCCCCUGACACACGGAAGAAGCCGGUGCCGCCCUACCAGCCCUCCACGCCCCUCCAGCCCAUCCAGAUGCCCUCCUCCUUCACACAAGUCCAGCGCAAAUGAGAGCCCGCCCCCUCCCCCCUCAUGCAUGUUGUCACCCCCCCCACGGACCCCUUCAUAUUACACCCUUUUAUCAUUUCUCAAAGCUGCUUCUCCCAGCAUGUCAAGAGCCCAGGGCCUCUGGACUGCUCCUAAGAACCACAGAGAUGGAAGGGGAGGAGCUCCCUGUGGCGCCUGUCUGUCUUCCUGUCUGUCUGUCUUGUCUGUCUGUGGAGCAGAUUAAUGGCCCCAUUCUGUUCUGUGAGAGGAUUCUGACAUCUGCAAUUAUCUAAAAACUGCUUCGAGGCAGAAUAUGAAAAAAUAAAAUUUAUUUACACGUGA